AUGCUUAUCGACGGCGAGAAGUGGGCUUGUGAAGCUUGCGUCCGGGGUCACCGUGUCAGCAGCUGUCAUCACAGUGACCGCCCAUUGACCCACAUCAACAAGAAAGGCCGUCCAGUCUCUCAAUGCGCUCACUGUCGCGGUCUACGCAAGUCACGUACAACCCACACAAAGUGCGAGUGUGGUGACAAAAAGAAGAAUUGUCACAAGAAUGACUCGGAUUCCCACACCGCCGACAGGCGAGAUCACAAGCAGGACUCCCGUCAGCGUUGUGGCUGCUGUCAUGGCCAACGCUGUAUCUGUGCGCUGAAAAAGGAACACCAUUUAGAUCCUGUUCCAGAAACUGGCCUUCCCCCAGCACAACCUACGAUCUUGUUGGAAUGCCCCAAGAAGCCUCAAUUGACGUCGACCAAGUCGGACAGCACCCUCACCGUCUUCCGGGAUGGUCACCAUCACAAGCCACAUCACAAGCACAACGACAUGGCGCAUAAGUGCGGUUUGCCUUAUACAAUUCCUCGUUCGCAUACCUUUCAUGCACCGUCUGAUGUGACCCGCCGCUCGGUCGACCACCUGCCGCUAUCGCAGUCAGCAAUGAUGGGGGAGAGCCAUUCCUACCCUCAGAUCGAUCAGCAGCAGCCUCCUCCGCCGCCGCCCUUUUUCGGGCCACCACGUCGUACCAAAUCCGAACAUGGUUCCCCAGAGAGUGCUCCCGUUUCGGCUGCUGAGGACCUUACGACGUCUGUCCCAUCACUUGACAUCUCGCCGUUUUUCCCUCCUCCAACGGCCCCGGUUUCGCAACAAUCACCGUUGGAGCAGUCGAAUGAGGCGGGUCCAGAACAGCCGACGAUCUCAAAUGCAGACGAAUUUGGCAAGACUCCUUUGAAUCAGAUCGUCACCAGCGUUCCGCCGGCCGACAUGUUCCCCGGUUUUUCCACUUCGACGACCUCCCCGGUCUCCGGCAUUGCGUUCCAAGAUCCGUAUCAGGAGCCGUUCUUUGCUUCGCCUGAUACUGAGAUGCCGGUAGGCAAUGCCGGGUUCAAUGCCCCGUCAGUCGAUUGGUCCAGUUUCCCGCUUUAUUCCUCGGACGCGCCUGCUGCUACGAGCACUCAAGCCCCAUCGUAUGCGAGCUUCGAUUACAAUUCGAUAGGCCCCAAUUUUGCGGCCCCAUCAUCCUCAGGGGAUAUUUCGGAGGCAGACGAAUUUGGUCCACUCCCUGGCCUCGCCCACACCGGCAGCGAUCUGCACAGUGUGAGCGAAGGUUCGGAUAUGGAGCACCUGCGUCUCAGCUCGACAUCGUCUUUCAUCAGCAUGCCGCAGGCACAGCUCCUGGCAUCCAGCAACCUGGACUCGAUGAGUAUCGAUGACUUUUUGAAAUCGGCCAACGAAUCAACUGCGGCAUUAGAGCAUCAACUGCAGACCAACAUAGGCAUAGAGCAGAAGCCGUUUCAGGACAACUUCCCUACUUCGCAACCACCGACAUACGGUGAGGGGAAUGAAAAGUCCGUGACAGCUGAUCCGAACAUGGUCAUGCCAACGACCUCGCCAACGGAUCCUACUUGGUCUACCACCCUGUUCGAUUCAGGGUCGUCAAUGGAAGACUCCUUCUACCCCCAAGCGUGGGCUCAAUGA